AAAGAAACCUAACCCAAAAUUUACAAUUACCAGUAAAAUAUGUGCCCAUGAUCCAAAAUUUGGGAAGUGAAAAUAAGAAGAAGACGACGUCUAAAAACAAACAUUCGGUGAAUACAUGUACCAUAUCUGCCUCCCCCAAACUCGAUGAUAUCUUCAAUAAUUCAUAUACCCAAUUUACCCAAUCAAUCACUUCUCAUUUCAAUUUUACAUUUCACACUAAAAAUCGAUGGCAACUUCUACCACAGAGGAUCAGAAUCAGAAUCAGAGCAAAGUGGUAUGUGUAACUGGAGCCAAUGGGUUCAUAGGAUCAUGGCUAGUUCAUUCAUUACUCAAUAAAGGUUACACAAUCCAUGCCACCAUCUUCCCUGGCACUGAUGCUUCCCACCUCGCCACCACCACCACCACCAACCCAAGCGGUGGUGUAAAGAUAUUUGAAUUAGAUAUUCAAAACACAAAUGAUAUCCAUAAUGCAAUUAAAGGUUGUGAAGGUGUAUUCCAUGUUGCAUCACCUUGUACUCUUGAAACACCUAAAGAUCCAAAUUCGGAAUUGUUAGUCCCAGCACUGAAAGGUACUCUUAAUGUUCUUGAAGCUGCUGCUAAGUAUAAAGUGAAAAGAGUUGUUCUUACUUCUUCUAUAUCUGCACUUGUUCCUAACCCAUCUUGGUCUAAUUCUGUUCCUGUUGAUGAGAACUCUUGGACUGAUCUUGAUUACUGCAGAUCACGUCAGAAGUGGUAUCCAAUAUCCAAAACGCAGGCAGAGAAAGAGGCAUGGAAAAGGGCUGAAGAGUCCGGAGUGGACUUUGUGACCAUCCUUCCAUCCACAUGCUUGGGUCCUCUCCUUCAGCCUUCUCUGAAUGCCAGCUGUGCAGUGCUAAAACAGCUGUUAGAGGGGUCAAAGGAUACACAGGAAUAUCAUUGGCUAGGAGUAGUGCAUGUGAAGGAUGUAGCCAAUGCCCAGGUGCUACUCUAUGAAACCCCAUCAGCUUCUGGGAGGUAUCUUUGCACUAAUGGCAUCUAUCAAUUUAAGGACUUUGCGCAGGUUGUCUCCAAACUGUAUCCGGAGUUCCCCGUUCACAGGUUUGAGGAGGAAACCCAACCUGGUUUAGUGGAUUGCAAAAAUGCUGCAAAGAAGCUGCUAGACCUGGGACUGAAAUUUACACCAAUUGAAGAUGCCAUCCGUGAUUCUCUGGAGAGCCUUCAAGCAAAGGACUUCCUGGACAAAAAGGAACGACCAAACCCCGCGCCUUAAAUAUCUCCAACACCAGGCCCGGCUCUCUGAAGCCUGGCAACCUGGGUCUAGCCCAGGGUAGCAAAUAAAGUGAAACUAUCAUCUUCUUUUUUUGAAAACAACCAGAUAUAUUACUGCAAAGAAGACUAAUCUGUAGAUUCAGACUCAUGUGGAGUCGACUCUGAUUGAGUCGUCCGUCUGAUCACUGAAUCUGUGUGAUUAGUUUCUUCAUGAAAAGUUACAUAAUUGGAGUUCAUAUUACAGAUCUCUUGAGCUUUGACAGUGUCAAAAGCUAUUGAAGGAAUUAAAAACAAAGGAACUUCAGUAAAACUAGUAAGCUGUUGAGAAGAAUUCCUUUCUUUUUUUGCUAGCAAGUCUGUUGCUUUGUUAGCUCUUCUAUCCACAAAAUGAAAUCCCCCAAAAGAAGUUAGUUUGUCUGCCAACCUCUUAACUUCAUCUAGAAUUGCUACGCAUUGCCAUUUGAUUGAGUUAUGUGUGCCUUGUAAGUACUUGAUAGUAUUUUGAUUAUCUCCUUCUAUGACCAGAUUCUGCAGUUUGUUUGUGAUGGCCCAUUGUGUAGUCUGCAGCAAAGCUACAACUUCCGCUUCUUCUGCAGAUUCAAUCCUGCAGCUACACAUUCCUGGUCCCUUGAAGGUACUUGGCCAACUGCGCAAAAUGAAACCACAACCUGCAUUAGUUUUAGCAGAUAUCCACGAAGCGUCGCAGUUUAAUUUGUAAAAGUUUCUCAUUGGGAAUGUCCAAUAAGGCUGAGAUUGUGGCCUGAUGUUGUUAUGAACUGAUAAUGAGGAAAGUGUAUGUGGAUGCCAAUAUUCAUAGUGUCGUAAAAUGUCAAGAGCUAAUUUUUCCGGU